GCUUUCCAAUCCUCCUGGCCUUUUUGUAUCUCAUGGACUUCGCUACGGCUAAAAAUCUAUGCAAGACAGAAGUUAGCGUACCUGGUAUGGCUCUCAAAGGAUAUAUCUUUAAGAAGUUCCCAGUGACAGCUCCUCAUGUGUGCGUUAUCACCUGCGAGAGGGAAAAGAUAUGUCAAAGCUACAAUUACGUUCUUGGGGAAAAGUCCUGUGAAUUGAAUACCCGAACCAUGGAAGCAAGGCCCGAGAAUUUCCAGCCAGAUGGUUCACGCUUUUACAUGAGACGCUUUAAGGGUAGAACCCCCUUAGGAUCUAUUCCUGAAUUACCAGCGUCAUCGUGCCAAGAGAUAAAAUUAAGUGAAGGUAAAGACAGCAUCAGUAAAAAGUACUGGUUGGAUCCAGCUAAUGUCGGGAGUUCAAAGUUGGUUUAUUGCGACAUGAGCUUGGGAGACAUCGAUGAAUGCAAAAGCAGCAAUGAUGUUUGUGACAAAAAUGCAAACUGCUCCAAUAGUGUUGGAUUUUAUAAUUGCACCUGCAAAGAAGGAUUUACUGGGGAUGGACAUUCGUGCUCAGCCGACCCAUGCUAUCAUUAUCAAAGCCUGAGUGAUGCCAACAGAAAGAGCAGUUACAUAACACCCCAGUACCAAGAGGUGUGUGAUGACCAAAUCCCUGUGGAAUGGUAUCGUUUUGUGGGAGCUUCAGGAACAAAAAUGCCAACAGUACGUGUGCCAGCAUACAGAUGUGGUACAGACUGGCCAGGCUGGUUGAAUGGUGCUCAUCCCACAGUGGAAGAUGGUGUAGUUGACAGGUCGGUCUGCUUUAGUGAUCGCUCUACUGGUUGCAAAUACUCAAAAACUAUUGUCGUAAAAAACUGUGGAUCCUACUUCAUCUAUAAACUUUUUCACUCACCUGGUUGUAACUCACGCUACUGUAGUACAGACUGA